GGACAAGUGGGGGAUGUUUCCAUCAUGGCGGCUUCCAUUUCGGGUUAUACUUUCAGUUCUGUGUGUUAUCACAGCGCAAACAGCAACUCCGAUCACGAAGGCUUUCUGUUGGGAGAAGUGAGACAAGAAGAGGCUUUCAGCAUCAGUGAUUCACAGAUCAGCAACACAGAAUUUCUACAAGUUGUAGAAAUCCAUAACCAUGAGCCUUGUGCACAACUAUUUAGCUUUUAUGACUACGCAGGUAAAGUCAAUGAAGAGAAUCUCAACAGAAUCCUCAAAGAAAGAAGAAAAAAUGUCAUUGGCUGGUACCGGUUCCGACGGAACACACAGCAACAGAUGUCGUUCAGGGAGCAGAUCAUCCACAAGCAGCUGACCCAAAUCCUGGGCGUACCCGACCUCGUCUUCCUCCUCUUCAGUUUCAUCUCCACCGCCAACAACUCCACACACGCACUGGAGUACGUGCUCUUCAGGCCAAACAGAAGGUAUAAUCAGCGGGUUCCCCUCAGCAUCCCAAACCUGGGAAACACCAGCCAGCAGGAGUACAAGGUGUCCUCUGUGCCAAACACAUCCUGCAACUACGCCAAGGUGAUCAAGGAGCACGGGGCUGAGUUCUUUGACAAGGAUGGGGUGAUGAAGGAUAUCAGGACAAUCUUCCAGCUGUACAGCGCGCUGCAGGAAAAGGUUCAGGCCGUCUGUGGGGAGGUGGAGCAGAGUGAGCGCGUGAAAGAAAAAGUCCAGGAAGAAGUGAACAAACUCAAACAGCAAAUCGCCCUCAGGAAAAGAAAGAGUGUGGAGGAGGAGAGAAGACUCCAGGAAGCAGCAGCAGCAGCAGCCGAGGAGAGGCCAUCUCAGACGGAGGACUCAAACCCCUCUCUGGCGUCCAGGGUGGCCUUCCACAGGGACGGGCCGAGCCCGGAGAGACCCACCCCUUCAGACCUGCCUCCCCUGUACGCCGACGUGGUGGCCGGGGACUCCCCAGAGGAGCCCUGCCCCGAGCCCAGCACCAUGCUCCUGCCCCGGCCCCAGGCAGUGGGGUCGCCCGGCCACCCCGCCCCGAGCCUGGGACUCAGCGGCGCCCCCUACCUGGGGGACGGCGACGGGUCCAGCACUGACUCCUUAGACAGACACGCUGCAGGGCAGGAGGACGGCGACGAGGACGAGGAGGAGGAGGACGAGGACGAAGAGGACAGCAGCGAGUAUGAGAACCUAGAGAGCAUGCCCUCGCAGCUGCGCUCCCCUGAAGCGCUGGCGGUGUCCCGCCCCGCUGCUCUGAGACCGGACGGCGACGCCCGCAGGUCACAGGCCUCUUAAACCCCAGCGGAGGCGGUGUGGCGGGGACGCGGUCAGAGCGGGAUGCCCGCGGGAGACAGGAAAGAGAGCACAGGAAGAGGAGGUGCUGCCCUCCGCAGGAAAGACACAGGGAGGCGGAUCUGCCGUUGGCUCGUUCGGUUUUGCUUUUGUUUUUUCUGUCUGUCUUGGUUUUAGCUCCACUGGGAAGGCCAGGUCCUGAGAGCUGCCCUUACAGCCACGCAGCCGGGCUGGCAGGCAACAUUUGCCUGAAUGGAGGAAAUCUGAAGAAAAAAAUUAUUUUUGUUUUGCUUUGUUUUUGUUUUCCAGAGAGGAAUCUUUAGAUAUCGGAGUAAACUUUCUAUCGGUGCCACAUUUUGUAAGGUUUGGUCACACCAGUGUAGCACUCGGUAUGGCCAGACUCAAACCCUCUCUGGAUCGGUCUGCGUGUGACAUCAGCUACCAACUUAGGUCAUCGAAUCGAACCAUUACCUCUUGCACUAUUUUGCCUUGUUUUAACGUUUAUUUAAGAGAAAAGGGAAAAGGACAUUUUCU